UUGUGUCACCCUGGUGGGAGAGGUCAGAGGUCAAGGGCUGACCCUCCCCCAUCCUUCCAGGAUGAGGUCACUCCUCCUCCCCCUCACCCGCCCCUUCCCUGAGUGAUCCAUUGCUGGAAUCCUACCUGUCCAGCUGGAGCAGACCCCAGAAGCCACUCAGUCCAGCCCCCCUCCUUGUACAGGACUGUCCUGCAUUUGUACUGAACAGAAGAAAUCGAAAGAGAAAAAUGUUUCCUUUGAAGGAUGCAGAAAUAGGUGCCUUUACCUUCUUUGCUUCUGCUCUGCCACAUGAUGUUUGUGGAAGCAAUGGACUGCCUCUGACCCCUAACUCCAUCAAAAUCUUGGGGCGCUUUCAAAUCCUCAAGACCAUCACCCAUCCUAGACUUUGCCAGUAUGUGGACAUUUCAAGAGGAAAACAUGAGAGACUGGUGGUGGUAGCUGAGCACUGUGAAAGGAGUCUGGAAGAAUUACUCCGAGGGAGGAAACCUGUGAGCCCUUUGAAAGUGUUAUGCAUUGCAUUUGAGGUCCUCCAGGGGUUGCAGUAUAUGAACCAACAUGGAAUGGUGCAUCGAGCUCUGUCCCCUCACAACAUUCUGCUGGAUCAAGAGGAACAUAUUAAACUGGCUAAGUUUGGACUUUACCACAUGACAGCCCAUGGUGUUGAUGUUGAUUUCCCAAUAGGGUACCCAUCUUACCUAGCACCUGAGGUCAUUGCACAAGGAAUCGCCAAACCCAGUGACCACACACCACGUGAAAAGCUAUUGCCUUCUGGCCCCAAAUCUGACGUAUGGUCCCUUGGAAUUAUUUUAUUUGAACUUUGUAUGGGAAGGAAGUUAUUUCAGGGCCUGGAUAUUUCUGAAAGGCUAAAGUUUUUGCUUACAUUAGGUUGUAUGGAUGAUACUGUAACAGUCUUGGCUGAGGAACAUGGUUGUCUGGAUAUCAUAAAGGAGCUCCCAGAAAAUGUGAUUAGUCUCUUGAAGAAAUGCCUCACUUUCCACCCUUCUAAGAGGCCAACUCCAGAUGAGUUACUCCGGGACAAGAUAUUCAGUGAAGUGUCACCUUUAUAUACACCCUUCCACAAACCCGCCAGUCUAUUCUCAUCUUCUCUGAGGUGUGCUGAUUUAACUCUGCCUGAAGACAUCAGUCAACUAUGUAAAGAUGCUGAUAGUGAUUACCUAGCAGAAAGAUCAAUUGAAGAAGUUUAUUACCUCUGGUGUUUGGCUGGAGGAGAUUUGGAGAAAGAGCUUGUCAACAAGGAAAUCAUUCGCUCCAAACCACCUAUCUGCACACUCCCUAAUUUUCUGUUUGAAGAUGGUGAGAGCUUUGGGCAAGAUCGCGAUAGAAGUUCCCUUUUGGAUGAUACCACUGUGACGUUGUCUCUCUGCCAACUAAGAAAUAGACUAAAAGAUGUUGGUGGAGAAGCAUUUUACCCCUUGCUUGAAGAUGACCAGGCCAAUUUACCUCAUUCAAACAGUAAUAAUGAGCUGUGUGCGGCCGUCACUCUUCCUCUGAUCAUCCGAGAGAGGGACACAGAGUACCAACUCAACAGAAUUGUCCUCUUCGACAGGCUCCUGAAGGCUUAUCCAUACAAAAAAAAUCAAAUCUGGAAAGAAGCCAGAGUUGACAUUCCUCCACUCAUGAGAGGUUUAACCUGGGCUGCCCUCCUGGGAGUUGAGGGCGCCAUUCACGCCAAGUACGAUGCCAUCGACAAAGAUACUCCAAUUCCUACUGACCGACAAAUCGAAGUGGAUAUUCCACGCUGCCAUCAGUAUGACGAGUUGCUGUCAUCCCCCGAAGGCCAUGCUAAAUUUAGGCGGGUGUUAAAGGCUUGGGUUGUUUCCCAUCCAGAUCUUGUAUACUGGCAAGGCCUUGAUUCUCUCUGUGCUCCAUUCCUGUAUUUAAAUUUCAACAAUGAAGCUCUUGCUUAUGCUUGUAUGUCUGCUUUUAUUCCAAAAUACCUGUAUAACUUCUUUUUGAAAGACAACUCACAUGUCAUACAAGAAUAUCUAACAGUGUUCUCUCAGAUGAUUGCAUUCCAUGACCCAGAGCUGAAUAACCAUCUCAACGAGAUCGGCUUUAUUCCAGACCUCUAUGCCAUUCCUUGGUUCCUCACCAUGUUCACCCACGUAUUUCCACUACACAAGAUUUUUCAUCUUUGGGAUACAUUACUGCUUGGGAAUUCUUCCUUCCCAUUCUGCAUUGGAGUGGCCAUUCUCCAGCAGCUACGGGACCGGCUCUUAGCUAAUGGCUUCAAUGAGUGUAUUCUACUCUUCUCUGACUUACCAGAAAUUGACAUCGAACGCUGUGUCCGUGAAUCAAUCAAUUUGUUUUGCUGGACCCCCAAAAGUGCUACUUAUAGACAACACGCACAGCCUCCCAAACAAUCUUCUGACAACAAUGGGGUGAGGAAUUCCACGCCUUAUUUCUCAAUUGACUCUCAGGACGCUCCCAAGACGGACCUGUCCAGAGAAUCUAUCCAGCUGAAUGAUCUAAAGUCAGAGGUGUCACCACGGAUUUCAGCAGAGGAUCUGAUCGACCUGUGUGAGCUGACUGGUACAGGCCAUUUUAAAACACCCACCAAGAAAACAAAAUCCAGUAAACCCAAGCUGCUGGUGGUUGAUAUCCGAAACACCGAAGAUUUUAAUCGAGGCCACAUUUCAGGUAGCAUCAGCAUUCCCUUCAACUCUGCAUUCACCACAGAAAGAGAGCUCUCCCAAGGCCCUUCCACUGCCAUGCUCCAGAAUUUCAAAGGGAAAGUUAUUGUCAUUGUGGGAAAUGUGGCAAAACAUACAGCAGAGUUUGCAGCUCAUCUUGUGAAGAUCAGAUAUCCAAGGGUCUGUAUCCUAGAUGGAGGCAUUAAUAAGAUUAAGCCAACAGGCCUGCUCACCAUCCCAUCGCCACAAAUAUGAAGAAUUACAGAUGUCAAGAGAAUCUCGUGUCAAGUGAUGAAAUAAUGCCAGCAGCGUGUGGGUAUACCAUGACAGAUCUCAGAGGGUUAUCACUCAGAAACAAUUUCAGUGAUCCAACUGGUGUUAUUUCCCUGAGAUUCUGUCAUGCAGAACUUUUUUUUUUUUAAUUGUAUGAUCCAAAUGUUCAUCUGUCAACAGACUUGACUGUACAGGUAGCUCAGAAGGAAUUUUAUUAGCAGUGAAAUCUGAUCAUGGAUUUUUACGAUGUUACCACAAGAUGCUAGAGGAAUUCAGCUGGUGACAGCUAAAAUCAGCAUUGUCAAGGAAAUCUAGUCUGGCACUGAUCUCACCUCUCCUUGAUAAAUGGUCUUAAAGGCAUUAUUUUGUAAAUACAAGUGUUAAGUGACAGGCUGACAACACACUGCCCCUGUGUUUAUGAUAAUUUGGAAAUUGUUCCCAGUUCAUUCUUUGUAAAUAAAAUGUGCAUUUUGUGAUCAAAAAUUGAGUGAUUUUAUGAUCUGGUUUUUUUCCUCAGCUAAUACAUUUUGAGCUACUGCAGAAAGCUGGUCAACUUUUGUCUCAGUGCCAGUCAAUAAAUUGGUCUAUAAGCAUUCAUUAAGCAUCUACCAAGCGCCAGUCGCUGUACUAGGUGCUGAGAAUACAAAGACAAAAAUGAAACAGCCCCUGUCCUCAAGGAGUUUCCAUUCUAUUGGAAGAAAUGACAUGUGCACACAUAAGUAAUUAGAAAAAAGAUUUCUUUUUAUUGGAUCUGUGAUGAUUAGUAAUGUAGGAUAGUUCCAAGAAAUGAACUCCCUCUACCGAUGCAAAUCAGCAACAACCUGCUCUCCAACUUCAAAGUCUUACAGUUGGUUCCGCCAUUGAGAGGCUCAGGAUCCUGCAGCUAGUAGAUGUCAGAGGCAGGACUUGAACCCAGGCUUCCUCACUCUCAGGCCGGCUCUGACUAGGGCAUGCUGCCUCUGUAUACAAAAUAUAUCCAAAAUUUUAUUGUGGUUAUUGUGUCCGACUCUCUGUGACCCUAUUUGGGGUUUUCUUGGCAAAGAUACUGAAGUGGUUUGCCAUUUCCUUUUCCAGGUCAUUCAAGGAAAUUUGGGGGUAGAGAGGCAAUGUGACAGCAUUCACCUCCUCUCCCCUUUGAAAAUUAGUACUUGGUAAUAAUUCUAAAAUCUAAAUAGAGCUUUCGGCCAUCCAUUUGUCUAUUUUAUAAUUGAAAAAUGUUCGUUCACUGUUGUCUUUAAUGUCUGACUAUCCCUUGCAGAACAUUUUGAUGGAGGUAUUCAGUUUUUGUACUUUUCAAACCAAUAAUUCUUUUCAAAAUUAAAUGAAAUAAAAGCAAACAUCACACAGUGAUGCCCCGCACUCCCUCCACGCGUGUGCGCGCGCGCACACACACACACACACACAGAGCAAUGAAUUUAGUUGCUUCCCAAUGAAAAACAUCUCAAGAGCUUAUUAAAAUAAAAAAAAAAUUCACCAUACUUUCAUUGACUGCUGUUUCCGGGGCAUCCUGCAUACUAAUUAGAGACAGACCUUUAGGUCAUCCUGCCCCUUGGCAGCUACAGUUCAUGACCCCACGUGUAAUCCAGAAUGUGAGCAUUGAUAGGCAAGCUGGGAUAGUGUUGUCUCUGUCUGAAAUAGGUGUCUCUGGAAGAGGUUAGAGAAGGGUAGAAAGAAGGGUGAUAAUGUACUGACUGUUGCAGUCAGUGAUAUUGAGGAGUAUAAGUAAAAAAUAAUGGACUCUGACCCCCAUUGGACCAGUUUUGAACAAGAUGAAGACACUCAUCUUUAAAUACCUAUAUUUAAGGCAAUCAGCUGUGCAGAGCUAUAAAUUUAACUAUAUUUCAGAAAAUGGAAAUGGGAAAAAAAUUUAUACCUGAUUAAGAGCAUUAUUCAUAUUCUGGUCAACAAAUCAAUGCACAGAGCACACUAUUGAUGUCAAAUUUACAUGCCAGAGAAAAAAUGAAUAUGGCAAAUCAUAGGCCUCAGUCAACCCUUGCUGAAUUAAAACAAAAAUGUUGAUGCUUCUUCAGACCUGAGCUAUCUCUACAGAAUCAUACAGCAUCAGUACCAUGGUGGCCCUCAGCCAAAGAGCAGCAGCAGAAAUUAAUGUGAUCCUGUUUGCAGUCUCAUUGAACAGAAAAAUGCAGCCAUGGCCUGUGUGUUUGGUUUUUGGUUUUUUUUUUCAUUACCUGCAAAGAUCAUCUCCAUUUGGAGGCUAGCUGUUCACUAUGGUUGUUUCUAGCUACAAAAUGCUAUGAUUCUAUCCUUCAUUCUACCUAAAAAUUGUAACAUUACAAACCCUUAAAACAAAGGUUCUUAACUGGCUUUCAUGAACUUGGGGGAGGGGGAGAAUUACAUCUUCAUUUUAAUAUAAUUAGUUUCCUUUGUAAUCCUAUGUGUUUUGUUUUAUACAUUUAAAAACAUUUUUCUGGAAGGAGGUCCAUAGGCUUCACUAGACUAUAGCAAAAGGGUUCCAUGACAGAGAAAGAGGAUGAGCCCUUGCCUUAAAAGACAGUUUUUUCUGAGUCAUCCAAAUUAUCUAUCGUUUUUUAUAAAACAGUUGUUUGCGUUGAACCUUGCUCAUCUGGUGUGCUCAUAAAAAAAGAAACCCCGCUAAUAUUUGAUUGUAAAGUGAUGUCAGCAGUCAAUAAAAAAAAUAAUA